AUGGAAAAAUGUGGUGUUGGAACUUAUGUUAUUACUGGUCCAUUACGAAACUUAGCAAUCAGGGUCAAAUUGUUUCAUCAACAAUUAAAAGCCAGUGAGGAACUCAUCGAUGAAGAAUAUGUUUUUCAUUGGCAAGAAAAGGUUUUCAGUCCAAAAGAAAGAAUCUUUUAUCGAGAUGUAAACAACUGUACAACAGAGACACAACUACUUUACAACAAAGAAAUCAAUGCUGUUAGCAGUUCAGGAUUCCCAACUAGAAGAUUGUUUACUUAUAUUCACAAAGAUGAAAAAACAAUGGACAAAGAUAUAUUUGUAAAUGGUAUCGGUAGUAUUUCAUAUGCAGAAAAACGAAGGUCUAAGAUUCAGGCAAAACCAGAGGAUUUAUCAAGUCAUUUACCAUCAUAUGAACUACUGCUUGAAUCUCCUCCAGACUAUAUAAGAAAUUUUAAUCAUCUGCCUACUAAAAUGACACAAGAAAUGUAUAUCAUGGCUGAUUUGAGUGAUUCUAUAAUAGAUAAUUCAACAGAUCAAUCAUCACUUUAUGUUGGUGAUGAAGUGUUACUUUGCAGGAUAACAAUUGAUUCAAAUGGACUUUUACAUUGUAAACCAGAUUUCACUCAUGGAAGCGAUAAACACACGAUUCGACGUAAACAAAAAGGAUCAUAUUAUUUCACACUAGAGAAUAUUUCAUGUCAAAUGUCAAAAAUGGAUAAAAAAAGGAUGGAACAAUUAGACAAAGAAAUAGCCUUAAGAAAGUACUCUGAGUUAUAUACUAUGAUUGGUAAACAAUUUGAAAUGCCAGCUGAACAAAGUUUCAGACUAUUCAUCACUGGAGAAAUAUUGUAUGGGAUUAAUUUUGAAAAUUCUGGACUAUAUGUACAAUACUACCUUGAAUUACCACAAAAUUGGAAAGCAUAUGAUCAUAAGCUGCUGUGUGGAAGUUCACAGGUAGCCAGCGUCAAAAGUAAUGGAAAUGAAGAAGUAAGCAUCUUUUCUCAGCCAAUUGAAUUUGACCUGAUAUAUAGGUCUGAAAUAAAUAUGGACAUGACACAUGGAUCAUUUUCCAUAUGGCCAACAUUAUAUUUCGAAAUUUUGUCUCUUGAUUUCUGGACUCGAAGUCGAACUGAAGGCUAUGGAUAUACAGAACUGCCACGUGUUGCUGGUACUCAUUCAAUUGGGGUUAGUUGUUGGCGUCCUGUUGGAGAGUCUGUUGUAGAAGAUCUAAGAAGAUUUUUUACAGGUGGAACAUGUCAACUGGAAGACCCUACAUUUGUUAAAAUACCUGGAUCAUUUGAAAGUCAAAACCUAGUCAAAUAUGGAUUUCGAACACAAAGUACAGGAAAACUUUUCCUGCGCCUAAAUUGUGCAAUACAGAGCUGGUCAAAUUUAUACAAAACCAUGACUGAAUACCCACCAAUGGGAGAUGAAAAACAAAAGCGGAUUGUGCUUGCGCACAUGGAUGUCUCAACAAUAAUAAAGGCAUACCAAAAGGCUCGCACCAAGUUACUGGAAACACGAAGAGUUAUAGAAGGUUUGGUAAAGCCCGAUUCAUAA